UACCUGUAUCAUCGAGGAUCACCAUCUUCUCUUUCCUUACCAAUAUGCUUUUCAACCAAUAAGCAACUGAGUGAUGAUUUCUCCAUCUUUCUCGAAUCCAGCCUCCUGAAAUUCCUUUCGAUAGAGGAACAGCAGGAGCAGAAACAUCAAGAAACGGGUGGCACCAAUUAUAUCUCGUUAGCGACCCAGUACCUCCUAUUUCUCAUCUUCAUCAUCAUUCUACCUCUCUUGCUUGGUAUGGUAUUGGUAUAUAUAUGCAUUAGCAUUAUAGCAUAGCUGUGAUCAGUUGGGCCUUCGAUUAAUUUACAUGGGCCAUAGGCCCACUUUUAACUGAUUUCCAAAUUCCAAAUUCCAAAUUCCAAAUUCCAAUUGCCAUUGGAAUUCCCUAAUCAAAAAGAAAAUGUCCGACCAACGGCGACUGUGCGAAUCCGGCGAAGAAAAUUUACCCAAUUCUCCCAAGGACGAAGCCUCUACUACUGCAAAUGACCAUCAGGAGGAGGCUACCACCGCCGUCUCAGCCGAUUCUUCCAUGUCUUCUUCAAUGGCCAAGGGCUUGUCUUAUACCAUAUCUACUAUAAUCAGGGAUUUUGAUUGUCAAGCCCAACACACUUCUCGAAGUCAAGAUCAGCUAUCUUCCGCCAUCGAUCGUCUCACCGACGAGUUGGAUCAGCUUUUAGCAGAUGCUCCAUCACCUUUCAUUAUGCAACAUGCUGCAAAAAUUUCUGGUGUUAGAAAACGAGUGUUGUCGCUAAAUUUAGUUUUGAAGUCCAUACAACAGCGAGUUGACAAUAUAGACAGAUUGGUCUCUGCUGGCUUGCCUAAUGAAGAAAUGGCCAGUGAAAGUCCUGCAGAACACUGAUGGGGAUUGUAUCAAAGAUUUAGAGGGUGCAGACGCUCCAGUUUCAACAGGUUCGGUAUCUCUAUGAGCAUAGAAUCCUCUGCUUCCCAAUGAAAUUUGUUUCUAUUUGAACAUGAUCCCAGUAAUAGGAUUGGUUGCUCGAUGGUGAUCGACAGAUUCAUCAUCUGAUUGAUUCUAGUUUUAAUUUCCGAAUCAAAAGGGUUUGGUUGCAUUCACUUAUUUGAAAAUAUAUAUAUAUGUAUAUGAAUCAGGAGAUAUGGAGAGGACGGUGUUUGAUAAAAUAUUGGCGUGAUGAUCUAUCUACAACAUUUUUUUGUAGU